AUUCUCUUUGACGGCCAUUUACACGGAGAGUCGGGCGGCGGCGGAGAGACAGUCAGAGAGAGAGAGAGAGAGACAGAGACAGAGACAGACUGAGAGAAACAAAGACACACAGGGAGAACGAGAGACAGACUGAGAGACAGACAGACAGACAAACAGACAGACAGAGAGACACAGACAGUGAGAGACAGAGAGUAAGAGAGACAGACAGAGACACAGACAGUGAGAGACAGAGUAAGAGAGACAGACAGAGAGAGACACAGAUAGAGAGAUUAAGAGAGACAGUGAGAGAGACAGACAGACAGAGAGUAAGCCAGAGAGACAGAGUGUCAUAUCGAGAGAGGGCCCGGGGACCAGGAUUUGGGGAGCAGUCUGUAGGUUCUAGGGGUCCCAGAGAUUGGGGUGACUGGGGGCAGGAUGUCUGUAUUGUAGAGGUUCAGGGUUUUGGGGUGCCGGAAGUUUGGGCUCACAGGGGAAGAUCUGUGGUGUUGGGGGCCCCCGGGGGCCCAGGAUGGAGAAGUACCGGCUGGUGGUGGUCGGAGGAGGAGGGGUCGGAAAGUCCGCUCUCACCAUCCAGUUUAUACAGUCGUACUUUGUGACAGAUUAUGAUCCAACCAUUGAGGAUUCGUACACCAAGCAGUGCGUCAUCGAUGACCGUGCCGCUAGAUUGGACAUUCUGGACACAGCGGGACAGGAGGAAUUUGGGGCCAUGCGAGAGCAGUACAUGAGGACUGGAGAGGGAUUUUUACUGGUGUUCUCCGUGACAGAUAGGGGAAGCUUUGAAGAGAUUUAUAAAUUCCAAAGACAGAUCCUACGGGUAAAAGACCGAGAUGAAUUCCCCAUGAUACUAGUUGGUAACAAAGCAGACCUGGAACAUCAGAGACAGGUAACGCAAGAGGAGGGGCAACAACUGGCUAGACAGCUUAAAGUUACAUAUAUGGAAGCAUCCGCGAAAAUACGAAUGAAUGUAGACCAGGCUUUUCAUGAAUUAGUUCGAGUUGUACGGAAAUUUCAGGAACAAGAAUGUCCUCCGUCACCGGAGCCAACGCGGAAGGAAAAGGCCAAGAAAGGGUGUCACUGUGUCAUCUUCUAAGAGAACUGGCAUUUAGUAUCUUUUUCCUCCAUCCAAAUAUAAUGUCUAGACAUUAUCCUAUUUUCUCGGUAUCCAUCGCUAAGAUGGCCUUUUACCUCCGAGCAUGAUGAGUCAUUUACAGUCCGCACAUAGAGAAAUCUACUGGACAGGUGGAUUUAAAAACCAUGGAGUGGAUGGAGGCACACAGGAACCCAUCCUGGCAAGGUGCUACAGUAUUACCAAAUUUGGAAUCCCAGGAGCAGGAAUUGCGGCCACUCAUAAGUGACAGACCUGCUCCCAACAUCUCACGUGUCCUCAGUUCUACAACGGGCAGAUCAUCGGUCAUGGAAAGGAAAGCCACUGCCUUCUAGAAUUCUUUUUAUAGGCUCAUCUUUUAACCCAGCGUCUGUCGGCAUACGUUACUGCUCGAUGCAGUCUGCUGGCAGCAAAAAUAUUCAGACAAAAGACAAUCAUAUUUCUGCCACCAUUUGUGCCAAUAAACAACCACCAGAUUUUUUUUUUUACAAGAUUAACGGAGGCUAUUAUUUGCCUUCAUCGUUUUCUUUUAACAUUUGCCUUUUUUGAUGUCACAUUUUAUAAAAGAAAGGAUUGCCUGUGCCGGUGAUAUCAGUGAUUCCUGAUACAUAAAAUCUAAUUUUGGAAAGUGCUCAAAAAAUGUGAAAAUCAAUAGGUUAAGGAGAGAUGUUCGAAUUCUGCGCACUAGUCUGAAAUUAUAUUUCUUGUUAAUGGUUUGUAUUGAUAGCGUUUCUGUGUAUGUCUCAUACAGUGUCUUGCAGGAUUCAACAUUAUGUCUUCUCACAACGAAUAGAGGAUGUAUUCAUUUAAAGAUCUCUCGUUUGAACAGAGGUGGAAGAAUCUGUGAGUUCAGGAAAAGCCGGAUACAUACAAUAUAUUACUUUACAGUUUACAAACAAGCCAAAAUACUCACCGUUGAGUACAUAAAUCUCUAAACUGGCAAUAAAAGUUAUGGGUAAAAUUGCUAAAUAAUAUUUACCCAACACAUUUUAUAAUAAAA